CAACAUGCACGUUGAAAUGGUCCCAGUACUAUGAAACUGGUAUACCUCGUACCCCAUCGAUCACGUGUUGCCUCUGUGAUGCCACCUUUUUUCCACGCCCAAGGCUUUGUGGUUACUUCCCUUACAACUGUGUUUGUCAAAGGCCUACCUGGGUACUCCCGUUGACCUAUUUGUUAUUGGAAUUAGAAUGCACAGUCCUCUUUCCAUAGCUGAACGGCCCAAAGCGACUCGGCAGGUGAAGGCCGUCUAACAUCCGUAUGUCCUCAUGGCAACCGCGCCUUGCGGCUUGGCAACCCGACCGGCCUGUGCAGCAGCGGCGGAACAGCCCCGGCGCCCGACGUCAGCUAACCCGCAUCCCUUGGAGGCUUCGUACGAGCUCUUACGUACGGACAUCAGCAGCACGUAUGGCCGAAGGGAACAAAGCUGCACGGGGGGCGCCGCUGCCCCCUAUCUGUCCACUUCACCGCACUUCACCGCUUCUCGCCUUUCCCGCAUGGAUAGCGGUAGCGGCCUCAAGCCGGAAGAGGACAAAAGCCCGGAAGGCCGUGCUGCUCGGAAGCGUCGCUUGCCUCGCUGGCUUUGUUCCUGGAGAGGUUGCUUCUGCGGUGCUGGCGCCAGCCGCGAUGGCUCCAUCGAGUUGCAGCAGCGCAGGGGCGGCGGCUCCGUGUCGCAAGUGGGACAGCGCUGCUUAAUGUUACGGCGGCCGAACGCCUCGCCGCUGUAUCGGCCGGUUUCGACGGCAGGCCUCACCUGCGCUACCAGCGCCACCUGCAGCGGCGACAGCCACCUGGGCCCCCUUCCCACGCGCCUCAUCCAAACCCUGGAUCGCCCUCCCUCCGCCUCCUGCGCUAACGCCCCAGCGCUAACCUCCCCGCCCACCUAUGCCGGCGCCGCCACCACCACCACCGCUCCAGGAAGCAGCAUGGGCAGCCAACAUCGCCCUCGCAGCACCCUCUCCCAGCUCACCCCACUGCCUCCCGUCACCUUUGCCAAUCGCUCCGCUCCGGCGGGAAGUUGCAGCGCCUCACACCAGAGCAACAGCGUCGGCAACAGCGUUCGCGCGAGCGGACUACCGAGAGUCAUCAGCGUCGCUAAUACCGCCGCCUCUGGCGGCGGCGGCGCCUCCGGUUCCCAUCCGUUGGGCGUCAGCCGCGCAUCGUCCCUUGCUUCCUACACCAGCGGCGUCACCACGACGUCAAGACCGUCGCGUUGGGGCUUGUUAGCGAACAUCUUGUCCGCUGGACUGCGGUCCUUUUCACAGCAACUCGCUAGCGUGAUUGAGCCCAACACUGGCAGCCUCACGUCGGAAGCGGUGCUCGACCUGACCCGCCGGGCGAGUCGCCUAGACAUGCUGCGUGCUGUGGGGCAAGUACACGAGUUGAGUCUUGUGGGGUCGGGAUCCGCGGGUUUGGUGUACCGGGGGCGUAGCGCGGAGGGCGGGAAGGUCGUGUGUGUGAAGUACUUGGUUGCGCGCGGCACGGACGGCAUGGCAGCGCCGGCGACGGAGGGGCUGUUGAGUCGGGUGCUGGCGCAUCCUAACAUUGUCGUGACGUUCAGUUGGCACGUCACGCGCGUGACAACGGAUAACUUCCUAGACCUGCAUGAAGCCUUAGCGGCAAUGGCAGCCCGGGAGGCGCGCGGCGCGGGAAAGCAGGCGCGCCGCGGGCAUGCCACCGCCGUCGGCAAGGGCCGCCGCGGCGGCGGCGGCGGCGGCAAGGUACGACACGUCCCGAUCGCCGGCGGAGCUGUAGCAUCCUCCUCCUCCUUGCCGCUGCCUAAGAUCGGUAGCAGCCUAGGCGCUUGCUUCGCUGCUGGCAUGGGCACAAGCAGCCGCCGCCAACGACGGCGCUGGCUAGUCCACUGGCUAGUCCGGCAAUUCCUGUCUUGGAUUCUUCCCGCUUUUCUACAUCCUCCUCGCCGCGGGGGGGUCAGCAGUUACACGUGCCUCCGCCUGAACCCGUGCCGCCUCUGCUUCCGGUCUGUGCUUCUCCCCAAUUAGGAUGUGCACGUGCAGGCCGGCAAGGGCCGUUUGUGGGGUUGGAACAGCAGCAGGCACAGCAGCCGGGGCCACGGAAAAGCGUAGGAGCAGCAUGCGAGGGGUCAUGGACGAUUCGGCGAGCCAACACAGGCGACGACGUCGCGAAUGACAUUGUACGGCAAAGCGAGGCAUGCGACUUGGCGCACUCCAUGACCGCAGGCGCCGGCGGCGGCGCGGCGGAAGGAAACGCCGCCGCUGGUGGCAUGUUCAGCCGUGACAGUUUAAGCUCGCAUUGGCUGGUUAGCCCCAGCACUAGCAACCACCAACCGAACAUUGCUGGCGGCGGCGGCCUGUACGGCUCUCGCAGUACGGGCGGCGGCGGGCUGUUUGGAGAUAACAGUAUGUACGGCACAUUCCAGCUUGGCGCGGCUGUUUUUCCAUGCAGCCCAAGCACGUCGGCGGCGGCGCCGACGGCGCCGUCACCGCCGAUGCCGGCGGUGGCGACAUCACCGGUGUCGGUCCCGGGGGCAUCCUGCCGCGGUCGCGCGACAUUGGCACGUGCUGGAAGUCGCUUGCAGGUUGCGACGACAUCCAUUCGGCAGCCUUCCAUUCCAGAGGACAUGCAGGCCUUGGGCAUUGCCGAUUACUAUCUGCCCGUUUGCGUGGCACCUGCGCAGCCGCCGCUAGCGGCGUUGCAAGCGCCAGCGCCGCCGGCGGCGACCGUUGCGACAAAUGAUGAGGCACGGCGGCUAAUGUACGGCAUUCCCGCUUGCGGCGACGCCGGGGCGACGUGCCGUAGUUGUGCGCCCGGCGCUACGGCUCUAGCAGCCGCGACGGCGGCGGCAGCGGCGGUAGCACCGACUGCCGUUGCCGAGUCGGUUGGCGGCGCCUGCACCCACAGCGGCGGCGCCUCCGCUGGCAUUGAAAGCCCGUUUGCGCUCGUGGCUGGCAUCUUGCCGCCUCCCUCGCCGUGCAGCCCUUGCUCCCCGCUGUCACCCCAACGCUGCGGCAGCUUCAGCAAGGCCCCGCGGGGGCUGCUAGCCGCAGCCAUUGCAGCGCAUGCAAACCCCCACACAAGCCACUGCCCUCAUCCGGCGUCGCCGGGACCCUUUGGCAGUGGCGCCAGGGCCAUGCCAGCCUACGCCGGCGUCAACGUGGCUUCCUCCGCCGCCGCCAUUACACUGCAUGAACGGCCGGCCAGCGCCUCCGUCAGUGCGGCUUUCUCCCGAAUGACGUUCUCCAGCAAGCGCCUAAGCGGCGUCACCUUUGGACCCAAUUUUGCGCAUUGUAGCGCGCCGACGCCAUGCGACGCCGUGCCAAACUCCUCCGCAAAUGUCGGCGGCGGCGCCUCCGCCGCCACCGCUCGCAGCAUGCCGCCGCCAGGUGUCAUCGUCGGCGGUCCCGGCGCCGGCAGUGGGUCUGCCUCCGUCGCCGCUACUGGCAGCGGCAGCGGCGGCCGUGCUGCGCCGUCGGCGGCGGCAUCCACGAUUGCCGCGAUGGAGGCAGAGGCGGUGAAGCAGGAUGCGCUGGAACGAGGUUGGAAGACGUUGCAGGAGAUCAUGCAGCGCCUGAAUGCACGCCCCGGGGACUUCCUGACGCGCAUUGUGAUGGAGGACGCUGAUCAGGGAUCGCUGCUCAGCGCAGUGCGCAACGGUUGCUUCCAGAGCGGUGCUCCGGACUCCCAAUUGCGUACAGUGCUGCUGACAGCUCUGGACAUUGCGCGUGGCAUGGCGUUCCUACACAAGAGUAACGUGAUACAUGGGGACCUGAAGCCCAGCAAUGUGCUGCUGUGCAGUGACGCAGCCGACCCACGGGGCUUUGUCGCAAAGGUGUCGGACUUUGGCCUUUCUCGCAUCAUUGCGCGGGGCCAAGACUCGCUUCGGAACCCAGAGCCCUUCCCAGCUGGCACGGUAAGCUACAUGGCACCAGAAACCGUUAGCGGUUGCAGUUGCAAGGCCUCAGACGUCUGGAGCUAUGCCGUACUUGUGUGGCAACUGCUGACGGGGGAGCUGGCGCCCUGGCCGGGACUCCGCAACGUGCAGAUCAUGAUGGGUGUUCUGCAGGGCGACCUACGGCUGUCCAUGCCGCAAGGCGCCUAUCCGCCGCUUGCUCGGCUGAUCGAGUCCUGCUUAACUCACGACUUCCAGCAGCGGCCUUCCUUUGACGACAUUGUCGCAAAGCUGCAGGAAAUGCUCCACAACCUAGCCCACGCUCCAGCAGCGCAACCAACGCCAGCCGCGGCCACCGCGCUUCAAAACCAUCACGAGCCCCGCGAAACUGGCCCCGCCUCCACGACCACCACCACCACCACCAUCGCCUCCGUAGUCCUUGUGAACACUGCCGCAGCUGCCACAGCGACACCAUCAGGAAGCCCUGCCAUUGCCAGCCUUCGCCCAACGCGCGGCGGCGCCGGCGCCGCCCAUGUCGACAGGAACAACGACUUGGCCUCCGAGGGCGACCCGCCUGACAGACCCAUGGGUCAGUCUCCCUUCGCCACCGUUACUACCAUGUUGGCCCCAACGCCGUCGCCCGCCCCUGCCAGCGCUGCAGUCCCUAUCGCUGUUGACACCGCAGCGUACGUCCUUCCGCUUCCCGUUGCCAGCGAGGCGCCCACAGUCAAUCUGCUGGACGCUCCGAUUGCCGCCGCAGUCGCAGCAAGCUUUCGUACGAGAUGCCCCCCAACCGGGUCCGUCGAGCCCCGUUCCACGACCUCCAAACCUGCUUUGACAGUAAACGCCUGCACGGCCGUCUUCCCCAGAGCUCCGUCUGCAGCAGCGGCAGCUGCUUCAGCCCCUGCCUCAACAGCUGACAUGCAGGACCAACACCAACAACAGCGACAACGGCAGCGCAUUGCCAACCCCACUGUUCCCACCACCUGCCGCUCCCCCACAAACCCCUUCAUGGAGGCGUCAUGCCUGCGGGCGUUUGAUCGCAACCUGCUGCUCUCAGGCGUUGCCGCCAUGCCGCAAUCUAGCUUAACCGGAACGGAUGCAUCCCUAACCACAGCUGCCGCCUCAUCCAAUCAGCUGAGCAAUGUGUCGUCUUCUUGGGCGAACACCACGGAGAGAGAGCACAGGGGUGGCGGCUGGAACCAUGCAUGGCACAGCAGCGCAUGGCAGCUUCCAACGGUACCUGCCAGCGGCGCUGGCUCCGGCAUUGGCGGUGGUGGCAGCAGUCACAUUUACAGUCGGCCGUCUAUGACUGCGAGCAUGGGAGUCAGCUUGGGCGGGGCUGGGGUGAUGCAGGAAUUCCUGUACAGGCAACGCAUCAGCGCCGGGAGCGUUCCGACGGACAUGUCCACUUUAGUCUCUGACUGUCACUUAUCCAGAGCGCCCAGAUCACCAUUCGCCGUCCCCGAGCCUCCUCCCUGCUGUCCUGUCGCUGUGGGCGGCGGCGGCUACAGCGGUGGCUGCGCCAGCAACAUCUGUUGUUACAACGGCGGUCAUGCUAACAAUGAUGACGGCAACCCGGGGACUGCCGCUAACUGCAGCAAUGCGGAUGGUGUCGUCGACGUAGGGGGCCACGCCCGGGCCCGGGCCCCUCUUGGUGCACCCGACAGUCACAUGAGGGCAGCAACAUGCCCCUCGACACUUGCCAUCGUUGGCUCGACACUGAGUUCGGCUUUAAUGACCUGCGGCGGCGGCAGUGACAUGUCGCACAUGAUCCUCCCUAUCGUGCAUGAAGAGCCGUUCCACGUGACCACCACAAGCAGCGGGUAUCAAACCGCAAUGACCCAUGGGUCACCAACCCAAACCCUUUCCGGCAGUCGGCAUGUUCUCACGGGCAACGCUGGCGACCGGAGGCAUCCCGAGUCGUUCCUUCUGACGGGAUCCGGAUAUGACAACAGGCGGCAACACGAAUCAUCCGUCCUAGGUUCAAGUCCCCGCAUUGGCAGCGGCGGUGGUGGUGCCAGUUGUGGCGGCGGCGGCAGUUUUGGUGGCGGAGGCGGGAGCACGAUUGGCAGCAGCGUUGGCGAAGCCGCGCUUCCUGUGAUGCUGCAAGCAGGACUUAUCGUACUUGGAGCCAGGGAGAUAACAGCUGGACGCAGUAGCAAGUCGAUUUGCAGUCGUAGCGUGAGCCAAGCUUUGCGCGCUGGGGCUGCUGGGACGGGUUCAGAGGGCUUGUCUCAUCUAGAGGAUGGGAGCCAGGGGCAGCGCGGGCGCGAGGAGUUCUCACCCGCAGCCAACAGCCGAUCUUCGACGGGGACGGGAAUUGCGCUGAUGAUGCCCUCUGGCGGGUUUGCGGAGAGCCGUCGCAGCUGCAGGAGUCUUGUCAGCGGUCCCCUAGGCUGCCAGGAGGGCGGACACAGCGGCGCCCUGAGCGGCGCUUUGGUGCUGAGGAAGAGCUGCUCACUGGGGCGGGGUGGCCGUAGUUAGUUGAGAGGAGCGAGUAUCUGUCACACACCAUGUGAAUUUGUCACACACCAUGACACGAGGGCGCUUGAUGCCUGGUUGCUGCUAUAGGUUGUUUUAUUCGUUGGCUCUAAGGAGGUGCGUUGUGAUUGGUGUUAUCUGUGACUGGAUGGGGUUAUGGGUUGAAGUAGAACUGCUGUGCACGGAGUGACCAACGGGUCGGCCAGCGCAAGCAUCUCGUCAGCUGGAUAACGCCGGUUGGCACAUGUUAUUGGUAGUAAGGCAUCACAGCCGGAAGGAGGUUGUCAGUGGUGACACAUGCCAGUCUUUACGUUGCAUUCAUCCAAAUAUACACUUUGAGACUUCAUACGAUUACACGGACAAGCCGGCGAGCUUGCUUAUUUUCGUAAUUGCAAGGUGAGUACGGCAAUACCAUUGGUGGCUGCAGCUCUUCGGUCGCGAAGGAAUGAAGGCUUGCCGCUGCAUUGGGCUAUGGGCGGGGUGUUCAACGUUGUGAAGAACUGCAUUCGCUUACUCUAUCAAAUCUGUGUUCGAAUGCCGUACGUAUCUUGUACUACGCGCGCAAGUACGGGAUGGUGUCCUGCAGCCGGCAUUGUUUGCUGGUCACGUAUUCGGAUACUGCUCACUGGAAAGGGAAGGUAGGCGCAUCUCUGCAUCUUGCGUUCUGCAAGCGCAACAUCUCAGGAUGGGUCGAGAAAGGUACACGAGUUACUGUUUCGGCGCAACGGCCACCAAUCAGGGUCAAAUCAACCUCGAGGUUCCGUUUUAUUGACAACGCAUGUAAGCAGUGUUCGGCGAUAUCAGCUUUUGCCAUAGUGAGGAUGACGGUGUUGCUUUUUCGAUGGCGGUUUACACCGCAACGAACGGAGGUAUAUGGGCGGCCGUGUAAUGCGCGUCCCGAUUUAAUGUAUAGGAAUGGUUUUUAGUAUUCCUGAAGUACCGGUAAUGCCGGCGUGUGGGAAACUUGAGAUGGGAGUAUCCACGUACGCGACCGGAGGGGGUAUGCUGCUGCAAUGGAUGGAUGCAUAGCUAGCACUCCUAACCGUAGAAAGUUCUUUAGAUGGUGGUGAAGCUCAUGAACCUGCCUGUAUGUGAGGCGAUCCGGUACAUACUUAACGUACGCAACGCAGGGUGGCUUGCGGGGGCUUGUCGGGGCUCAGUACGUACAUGCGUAUCCAGAUGCAUUGUGGUGUUGUGUUUAUGGAAUCACGGUUUACACAUUGAGGCCAGGAAGGAGAACCGAGGUGUCUUGGGCCAUUUUCCGACAUCCCGGCAAGACAUACGCACUGCAAAGAUGCCGUACUUGGGAUCAGUUGGACGGUCAUGCGUGCUCUUAGCUGUUAAUAAGAGCGUGUUGUUGGUCGGGUUAACUGUUAGGUAACAGCAAGUGUCAGCAAGGGGUCACCGAACAUCGUACAUUUGGCUUUCUUGAAAGGGCGUUACGGCUGAAAAACCACUGGAAAGCAGGGCAUGCGCGGGGCAAGUUGUCGGAGGUUGGGGCUUUUCAAAAGGACACUGCAAAGCUUAUGCUAAAGUUGUCAGCGGUCGUCGGCCAUUUGGUGAAGGAAAAGGAGGUAGCUAGCUGUUGCUGAUGCUGCAGUCAGUUUUUGGUGGUUUAAACAACAUGAUUUGUGGUGCAGCUUAUCGCCAUGUAUCUAUCACAGCGCUGGCGUUUUUAAAAGGCCUGCAAAGUUUUUGAUAUGAUGGCUGCAAUGAUUUCAAUAAGAUGGAUAUACCUCACAUGGCUUUUAAGAUACAGACGUGGUGCUGCGUCUGCUUUCAAGGAUCCUUUUAGGCAACUUUUCAUGGAUUUUGUGGGUUCGUGUCCGUCCUUAGGGGGCAGCGGCUUGGUCGUGCCUUUUAUUAUCUGCGCGUGUUUUAGUCGGUUAGCCAAGUAUGAAGCACGAGGGGUCAGGUUUCUCCCUUUCGUAACUCACAGCUAUCAAUAGGGUUGCAAAAGGCGAUGUAUGCUGCAAACUGCCUGAUGCGUCCGGGGCAUUGGGCAUUAGUACGUAUGUAUGGAAAUCACGCGGGUGGUGGUGGUGCGGUAGGGCUGGUGCUGCGGUCUCUGGGAUGUGCCUGGGUUACCUCCUGCAACCAUUGCAGCAGCCAUUGGCCAACAAGCAUGCCGUGUUAUGUGAUAUGAUGUACUUACCAGUGUGCCGUGCAUCGUACGAGAUGGCCGGGGCAACUGGACCGCAACCCGACUGCCCUGUUGCUCAACAAAUGCGUCCUCGCAUGACUGCAUUUGGGCCGGUUACUUGGAUUUUAAUGUGUAGGUACGAAUACUAUGAGCUGCACUUUUGGAUUGGGGCGCGGAGGGAGGAAGACUAUGUCUGGUGCUGCAUGUGUAUGGGUGGUGCCUCAGUGCAGGUGGCGAGCUCGCGCUUAACAUACGAUGCUAGGUAGGGCCGGGGUGUGAAGGAGGAGGAGGAAAGCAGCUGCUGCAGCUCACUAAGAGGGCAUGCAGCAAGAAGCGGAGUAUGGUAAUAGUCAAUUAGGGGUGAUGCGUCAUUUGUUGGUACUCUUGACGGCUCUGCUGCUGUAAUGCCCUGAACAUUG